UAUCUACGAUCGAACGCAUGGUGGCGCAAGAGAUUGCUUCGGUACUGUCUACAUUCAAUGACUCCUCAUCGUCCAAUUCGAGCAGCAACACGGUUUAUUCCGACAUCAGCGAUGAGGGCAUGACGACGUCGGAGGAAAUCGAGAUCCUUGCCGAAGAUCUACUCGGGAUUCCUACUUCUCGUAGGAGAAAGUCGGCCUUUUCAGUUGCAAGUAUGACGUCACUCUUGGGGUCAACGUCACCACAGUACGUGACCUUUGACCAUGUCUACGUCAACAAAGGACGAGAUUAUCUCAUGGACAACCACACGUUUGCCUGUGAGAUCACUGGAUUCUAUUUCAUUACGUUCAACUUGAGGUCAUUUGACGGCCGCAAUCUUGGCGUAUCGCUGAUCAAGAACGACGAGGUGAUGACGGCGAUCUAUUCGGACGCCAGCACUCGCAACGUUAUGGAGAGCCAGAGCAUAAUCUUACACCUCGAACGGGGGGAUCGGAUUUAUUUACGACUCGGCCCUUCGACAACCUACGGAAUUUACAGCGAUUCUCGGAAGUACAGUACCUUCAGCGGCUUCCUCUUGUACCGCGGAUAUUAGGAGGCGGUGUUAAAUGGAAGUUUGUUUUGUCAGAGGGGGGGGGGGGGGGGGUGCAAGAAGAUGCCAGGGAGGGGAAAGAGAGGGACAGAGAUGUUACGAAAAGGCUUGUGCCAUCCAGCUAUAAACCCAACGCUUUGUGUAAAUUUAAGUAAAAAUAGACGAGUCCAAUUUACCCGAUGUUUUGUGAAUAUUAAAAGCCAAAAUUAUACACAUUGUCGGGUAAAUUGGACUCGGCCUACCGGGAAUUUAGGGGGCAUUUUCCUCGAAUUGUUGGGUUACGCGAUCACCCGAUAUGAUGGCACAAGCCAAACAAGUGGGGCAGAUGAUAUGGAGAGUUAUUAUGCUUUUCACACUGCAUUUCCUCAACCCCAUACGAUCCUUAUUCCCGGACUAUCCUUAACCCCAUACUGUCUUUUUUUUUCACGCUGUCUUUUUUAACCCCAUACUAUUUGCUUAGAAGUGGUUAGCGCCUUAACCCCGGACUAUCGUACAGAUCAUGAAUAUUGAUGAUUUUGCCACACAGAGCGCGAAUAACGUGCAAUUUCGACUUAUGUGAUUGGCUAAUGCUUUGCCCCACUUUUCCUUAGCCCGGUUUCGUUUCACUCUGCAUCUCUUAGCACCGCAAUAAGCCGGCUAACCCUGCUUUUUUGCAGGGCCGGAUAGUACUGUAUUUACCGUGCUAGCCCACUUUGCUGAAACGUAGUGUGAAACCGAAGUGGGCUAAGCUUUGGUGGGGCUGAGACCCCUCCCGCCUUAGCCCCACCAAUUUCCCAAGAGUGAAGAAAUUAUGUGCAGUGUGAAAAGUAUAUCAGAGAAAGAGAGAGAGAGGGAGGGGGCAAGUGGGUCACGGUGAAGAAGAUAAACCGAUCAAUGAAAUAAUCAUUACCGAUGACAUGAUUAAUAGUUGCAAAAACUUCAAUAAAAUUUUUUGAUACGCGUGUACAGU